GCAGUGGGGAGAAGCGACAAGGUAGGCUGUCAUUCUGCAAAAGCUGCCCAGAACAGGCUUUCCUCUGAAAAGCAGUGCCAUUCCUUUUUAGAAACUGAAUCUAAAUGUUGUCUCUGGAGACAAGAAGCCUUCAGUAUGUUCAAUUACUUCAUUACGUUUUUCAGACGCUUAUUGAUUCCACAGUAGGAAGAGUGAGAGACUGCAGCAGCCUCUCGGCAGCACCACACGUCCCAUACGUUAGCAGGACCGCUGAGACAAUGGCACAGGACAGACACAUGUUUUCAUUAAGGUCUUUUCUGAAGAGAUGUUUAUGACCCUCUUCCCCCAGUCCUCUGCUAACAAGUGAACAAAAAUGCAUCAGUCAAAACUGGAAAACGCUUCAACUACAUCAGGAAUGUAUCAAAUCCUUAGCGGAGGGCCCACAGCAGCUAAUUCAGUAUUUGCAACUGACAAUAUGAAGAAUGCGUCUGAUCAAACACCUCUCUAGCUGCCUGAACCAAAAACUGCAGGAUAUUCUUCUGACACAUGAAUUUAAGACGUUAAGGAGUUAAAACCAGAAAAUACACGUCCACAUUACUGCUGGGAUAUAACACAUGGACAGCAAUCAUCCUAAGAAGAUGCUAUAUAAAAUAGACACAAAAAGAAAAACAAUUUAACUGCGAAAGCCUGAGAACAAAAUGGUGAGCAUUUUUAAAAGGGGAGUUUAUACUUUAACAUACCGGGAUUGUGGAGCUGUUUCCUGAAGAAACAAUGAGGCACAGAAUGCCAAAAAGAGAAUGCCAUAUAUUAGCAGCAAGCUAAAUAAAGCUUUAUCAUGUAUUUUCUGCACUAAAUAUUCAGAUAUUCAUAGCACUUGAUAUUACUAAAGGAUUUUUUCAUCUAAGUUUUAGGACUAUGUAUCCUCUUCUAAUGAAAACAAAUCAAAUUAAAUAGCAGAUGGUUUUUAUCAAAAGAACAUGGACUGGAUUUAUAAUACAAAGCAAGUUAUGUGAUCAAGAAAUCAUUUCAAACUAAUGAGGACUGCUGUAGAAACAGAUUUACAUUUGUAACAGAAGGAUGUCGAAAUACAUUUUAGAAGCUAGAAACCGUAUGUCUCCUUUUUUGUUUUCACAUGUUCUGGAAAAUAAAGAGACACUAUCAUAUAUUCCCUCAAAGGGAAACACAAUUCCUAUCAUUUGAGGAAGUUUCUCUUGGUCGUGACUUUUUAAGGCAAAACAAACACAAAUAUUUUGUACUGGUCUUUAGAAAUCCAUCAGCCAACUAAAUCUCACAAUUCAUGCAGUUUGAAGUAUUGGAGAGAAAAUGAAAGAAUUUCUACAAGACAUGAAAUAAAACACAGCUACUUCACUGUUGUCAGGUAAAAAUUCAUGUCAAAAUCUGUCAAUGACAUCAUGAAUCAAUUUGUGAAAAUCUGCUAUAGUGAGCCAAAAGGCCAAUAAGGCAACAGCAAACAGGUAGGUCAGAAGAUGCAUGCACCGCACCACACUGUUUAACAUUUACAAAAGAAAACAAUCUUGCUCUAGAGGAGACGCGUUUUACUUAGUUACCCUCUAACUUGGCAUUUCUGCUUUAUCUAAUUAUAAAUCUAACUGAUGACAAAGACCUGAUGUUUAAUCUGUCAGUUCUGAAAAUCUGGCACACUUAAAAUUUUCCAUUUUCAUAUGAUUUCACUGUUAGCUAAGACUUUCACUUGAGUAUAUGCCUUUAGUGAUACUUUAUACCAAGCUCAAAGGAAUUAAUAAUGUUGUCAUCUGUGUUUCUGAAAUAUCGCCCCUAAAAUAAUAUGCAUAAAUAAAAUUGUAUUCAAAAAGCUGUCGAAGGUUACACCAAGUGAAAGGUUAACAUGAAUCUUGGAAAUUAUUAGUCUUUAUAAUUUAUGUUUGAUUAUGAUUUUGCAGUCAAAACGCUGUACUUGAAAUGUGAAAUAUAGUUGGUUGUAUGAUUUUAUGUUAACUGAAUAUACUCAUUACUGACAUGUUAGCCCAGAAAGUCAGACAUUAUUUUUAUAAAUUAUUCUAACCCUCUAUAUAUUAAAAUAUAGAUUUAUAUGAAUUGGCAAAAGAGCUUAUUUUUUAAUCGUUUUUAAUUGUUGUUUUCCUCAAAAUUAUUCACACCGGGUGAUUUAUUUACCAAAGGUUUCACAUGGAAUGUAUAACUUUAAAAGAUUCCUCAGAAAAUGGGCUUCAGAUACUCCUUUUCCAAAAUUUCAUGUUUUACUUUAAAAAUCCUGUUUAAACAUAUAAAAUCAAAUGAUAUAGCCUCUUAAACCACUCCAAAAAUGAUUAUUACUUAACAUGAUAUUAAAUUUCAAUUUCCUUCUUCCACAAUAAAUGAGAGGGUGUGGUCACAAAAUAAAUCAUUCAUUGGAGUGAUUAGUACUCUUUUACCAAGUUUUGUGGUGUUCUACUUUAACAUAAUGUCCUUUCUCAUCCAAUUUUUAUUACAUAAGUUUGUCCAUUAUGAAGUUUGACGAGCAUUUGCACUACAAAAUAUGUAAUAUUUAUCAUUUGCCUACUUUCUAGGGGAGAGAGCUCCAAAUAUCCCCAAGCACACUGUAGACUCCUGAAUAAGAGUUUCAACCAAGAACAUGGACAAAAUGGUUUUAAACAACUAGGGCUCUGUGCCAUUUAUCAUUUUAAAUGAACUCUUGUCCUGUUCAUUUGAAAUCUCAUGAGAAUAAUUAUACCUAUGCUAAUUAGGCUAGAACAUAUUAAAACAGCAUUUAUUACCCACCUACUCACAACACUUUAAAAUGAAAUAUUAAAACACCAGGCUAAAAUUAGUUUUGCAUACUGGGUAGUUUUAUUGUACAAAAAGAUACCGUAUCUCAAAAAGCCUGAAAAACCCAAAUGAGGAAAAUCUUUGGGGAUCUUGAGUUAUUCUGAACUAUAUAGGAGUCAAAGGGAGAAUCCAAUUCCCUGUUACAUCAAAACAAUGCAACCUUGCUGUCUCCUAAUUCUACCUUUGCCAUUAAUAGUUUAGAAACUUAAAAAUUAAGCCAAGUACACAAUAAAAAGACUAUUUUUUAAAAACAAGGAACACAUGUUUUAUACGUCAUUUAAAUUGCCAAAUAUCAAAGAGUUUAUUCUAUUUCACUUUCUAGGAAAAACACCAACUGCUCCAAAAGAAUGUGUUUUUCUCCCAUUCUGGAAACCAACAUGCAGUCUGAAUCUAACAUUACAGUGCGAGAUGACAUUGAUGACAUCAACACCAAUAUGUACCAACCACUAUCAUAUCCAUUAAGCUUUCAAGUGUCUCUCACCGGAUUUCUUAUGUUAGAAAUUGUGUUGGGACUUGGCAGCAACCUCACCGUAUUGGUACUUUACUGCAUGAAAUCCAACUUAAUCAACUCUGUCAGUAACAUUAUUACAAUGAAUCUUCAUGUACUUGAUGUAAUAAUUUGUGUGGGAUGUAUUCCUCUAACUAUAGUUAUCCUUCUGCUUUCACUGGAGAGUAACACUGCUCUCAUCUGCUGUUUCCAUGAGGCCUGUGUAUCUUUCGCAAGUGUCUCAACAGCAAUCAACGUUUUUGCUAUCACUUUGGACAGAUAUGACAUCUCUGUAAAACCUGCAAACCGAAUUCUGACAAUGGGCAGAGCUGUAAUGCUAAUGAUAUCCAUUUGGAUCUUUUCGUUUUUCUCUUUCCUGAUUCCCUUUAUUGAGGUAAAUUUUUUCAGUCUUCAAAGUGGAAAUACGUGGGAAAACAAGACACUUUUGUGUGUCAGUACAAAUGAAUACUACACCGAACUGGGAAUGUAUUACCACCUGCUAGUACAGAUCCCAAUAUUCUUUUUCACUGUCAUAGUAAUGUUAAUCACAUACACCAAAAUCCUUCAGGCUCUUAACAUUCGAAUCGGAACAAGAUUUUCAACAGGGCAGAAGAAGAAAACAAGAAAGAAAAAGACAAUUUCUCUAACCACACAGCAUGAGACUACAGACAUGUCACAAAGCAGUGGUGGGAGAAAUGUGGUCUUUGGUGUAAGAACUUCAGUCUCUGUAAUAAUCGCCCUCCGGCGAGCCGUGAAACGACACCGUGAGCGACGGGAAAGGCAAAAAAGAGUCUUCAGGAUGUCUUUAUUGAUUAUUUCUACAUUUCUUCUCUGCUGGACACCCAUUUCUGUUUUAAAUACCACCAUUUUAUGUUUAGGCCCAAGUGACCUUUUAGUAAAAUUAAGGUUGUGUUUUCUAGUCAUGGCUUAUGGAACAACUAUAUUUCACCCUUUAUUAUAUGCAUUUACUAGACAAAAAUUUCAGAAGGUCUUGAAAAGUAAAAUGAAAAAGCGAGUUGUUUCCAUAGUGGAAGCUGAUCCUCUGCCUAAUAAUGCUGUAAUACACAAUUCUUGGAUAGAUCCUAAAAGAAACAAAAAAAUUACCUUUGAAGACAGUGAAAUAAGAGAAAAAUGUUUAGUACCUCAGGUUGUCACAGACUAGGGAAAAAUCUAAGUUUCAUUAAGCCCACAUUUAAAUUGUAAAAAAAUGAAAUUACUGCCAAAUAUAAGAAAAAACAUUUUAAGUAUUGGUUAUGUUGUAAAUUUUCGAUGUAAAUGUCAAGAUUAGAUUAGGUCAUAUAUAUUCAAUUUCUUCAUUACAAUGUAUUUGUUGCAUGGCAGUCUGUUAAAGUAAUAUUGUGUAUAUUUUGUCAAUAUUAUGUCCAUCAGAAGAUAUUCAUGUAAGUCAUAUUUUCUAAAUAAUAAAUACAUAGCCUUAAAACAGUGUAUAACUUUAAAAUGUAACUGACACAGGUAUCCUUUUCUUUUUUUUAUGAGGUGUAUUUGUUUCUAUGCCACAAGCUAUAGAUAUAUUUAUAUAAAUGACAAGUGGAAUAGCACUUUAAUAUAAGAACAAAAAUUAUGGUCUCCAAUCAAAAUAAUUCAGAAUUUUCUGUCACUACAUUAUGUUUUCUGGUAUAGUCUAUUUGCUAUAUAUUUGAUGCAUCAAAAAUAAUGAACUAUGUGUGAAACUUUAUCCUUUUUUUUGAAUGCCGAAAAUUGUAGAAUUUAUCAGGAUUUUAAAAUUUAAGAACCAAGAAACAACCCUGUAUAUACACUCUAAGAUAGGGAAACUUUGAAAUUCAAGUUUAUUAUGAAAAAGAGAUUGAUUUUCUAAGAUCAAGGGCACUAUGCCUAUAAAUAUAUGAAUAAACCGACAAUAAAGGGAAGGAA